GUGCUUGCAGGGUUAAACACGCAGGUCGCCUCCUGAGGGCCCCGGAAGACCCCCGCCUGCCUCUUGGAUGCCUCGGCCUGCGAGACGUGCUCAGCAAGACUGGGAGUUUCCGUGGCUGCCCGCCAGCCCUCCCCGUGGGUGUACUCGUAUGUGUUCGUGGAACCCGGGGGCUCUUUGGAGCUGUCGUUUACGUGGAAGUUGUGAGCCAUUGUGAACUGCUUCAAGGAGUAAGCGCUGCUAGCAAUGAGCUCCCAAAGCCAUCCAGAUGGACUUUCUGGCCGAGACCAGCCCGUGGAGCUGCUGAACCCUGCCCGCGUGAACCACAUGCCCAGCACAGUGGAUGUGGCCUCCGCACUGCCUCUGCAGGUCGCCCCCCCGGCGGUGCCCAUGGACCUCCGCCUGGACCACCAGUUUGCGCUGCCCGUGGCAGAGCCCACCCUCCGGGAGCAGCAGCUGCAGCAAGAGCUGCUGGCCCUCAAGCAGAAGCAGCAGCUCCAGAGGCAGAUCCUCAUCGCCGAGUUCCAGAGGCAGCACGAGCAGCUCUCCCGGCAACACGAGGCCCAGCUACACGAGCACAUAAAACAUCAGCAGGAGCUGCUGGCCAUGAAGCAUCAGCAGGAGCUGCUGGAGCACCAGCGGAAGCUAGAACGGCACCGCCGGGAGCAGGACCUGGAGAAGCAGCACCGGGAGCAGAAGCUGCAGCAGCUCAAGAACAAGGAGAAAGGCAAAGAGAGUGCGGUGGCCAGCACAGAAGUGAAGAUGAAGUUGCAAGAGUUUGUCCUCAAUAAAAAGAAGGCCCUGGCCCACCGGAACCUCAACCACUGCAUUUCCAGCGACCCUCGCUACUGGUACGGGAAAACACAGCACAGUUCGCUUGACCAGAGCUCCCCGCCCCAGAGCGGGGUGUCGGCCUCCUACAACCACCCGGUUCUGGGAAUGUACGACAGCAAAGAUGACUUCCCGCUCAGAAAAACAGCUUCUGAACCCAAUUUGAAAUUACGGUCCAGGCUGAAGCAGAAGGUGGCCGAACGGCGGAGCAGCCCCCUGCUACGCAGAAAAGAUGGGCCAGUGGUUACGGCUCUGAAGAAGCGUCCGCUGGAUGUCACAGACUCGGCGUGCAGCAGUGCCCCCGGCUCCGCGCCCAGCUCCCCCAACAACAGCUCUGGGAACGUCAGCACGGAGAACGGGAUCACGCCCGCCGUUGCCAGCAUCCCGGCCGAGACUGGCUUGGCCCACAGACUCGUGACUCGAGAAGGCUCCGUGGCCCCACUCCCCCUCUACACGUCACCAUCCUUGCCCAACAUCACGCUGGGGCUGCCUGCCACCGGGCCGUCUGCUGGGACGGCUGGCCAGCAGGAAGCUGAGAGACUGGCUCUCCCGGCCCUCCAGCAGCGGAUCUCCCUCUUCCCCGGCACCCACCUCACUCCCUACCUGAGCACGGCGCCCCUGGAGCGUGAUGGCGGGGCUGCGCACAACCCCCUCCUGCAGCACAUGGUCCUCCUGGAGCAACCACCCGCACAGACACCCCUGGUCACAGGCCUGGGCGCGCUGCCCCUGCACGCGCAGCCUCUGGUGGGCGCGGACCGCGUGUCCCCGUCCAUGCACAAGCUGAGGCAGCACCGCCCGCUGGGGCGCACCCAGUCGGCCCCACUGCCCCAGAACGCGCCGGCCCUGCAGCACCUGGUGAUCCAGCAGCAGCACCAGCAGUUCCUGGAGAAGCACAAGCAGCACUUCCAGCAGCAGCUGCACAUGAACAAGAUUAUCCCCAAACAGAGCGAGCCAGCCCGGCAGCCCGAGAGCCACCCCGAGGAGACCGAGGAGGAACUUCGUGAGCACCAGGCCCUCCUGGAGGAGCCCUACCUGGACCGGCGGUCAGGGCAGAAGGAGGCGCACACACUGGCCGGGGUGCAGGUGAAGCAGGAGCCCAUUGAGAGUGACGACGAGGAGGCGGAGCCCCCGCGGGGCGUGGAGCCCGGCCAGCGCCAGCCCACAGAGCAGGAGCUGCUCUUCACACAGCAAGCCCUUCUCCUGGAGCAGCAGCGGAUCCACCAGCUGAGGAACUACCAGGCAUCCCUGGAGGCCGCCGGCGUCGCUGUGUCCUUCGGCGGCCACCGGCCUCUGUCCCGGGCACAGUCCUCCCCGGCAUCUGCCACCUUCCCCAUGUCUGUGCAGGAGCCCCCCACCAAACCGAGGUUCACCACAGGCCUUGUGUAUGACACGCUGAUGCUGAAGCACCAGUGCACCUGUGGGAACACCAACAGCCACCCCGAGCACGCCGGGAGGAUCCAGAGCAUCUGGUCUCGGCUGCAGGAGACCGGCCUCCGAGGCAAAUGUGAGUGCAUCCGCGGACGGAAGGCCACGCUGGAGGAACUGCAGACCGUGCAUUCGGAGGCGCACGCCCUGCUCUAUGGCACAAACCCCCUCAACAGGCAGAAACUGGACAGUAAGAAACUUCUAGGCUCGCUAACAUCGGUGUUUGUCAGGCUGCCCUGUGGUGGUGUCGGGGUGGACAGCGACACCAUAUGGAAUGAGGUGCACUCAUCGGGUGCAGCCCGCCUGGCCGUGGGCUGCGUGAUCGAGCUGGUCUUCAAGGUGGCCACAGGGGAGCUGAAGAACGGCUUUGCCGUGGUCCGUCCUCCAGGACAUCACGCAGAGGAGAGCACACCCAUGGGCUUCUGCUACUUUAACUCCGUGGCCAUCGCGGCCAAGCUUCUCCAGCAGCGGCUGGACGUGAGCAAGACCCUCAUAGUGGACUGGGAUGUACACCACGGAAACGGGACCCAGCAGGCCUUCUACAACGACCCGAACGUCCUGUACAUCUCCCUUCACCGUUAUGACGACGGGAACUUCUUCCCGGGCAGCGGGGCUCCGGACGAGGUGGGCACAGGGCCAGGCGUGGGCUUCAAUGUCAACAUGGCUUUCACCGGCGGCCUUGAUCCCCCCAUGGGCGACGCAGAGUACUUGGCGGCCUUCAGAACCGUGGUCAUGCCCAUCGCGAACGAGUUUGCCCCAGAUGUGGUGCUCGUGUCGUCAGGCUUCGACGCUGUGGAGGGCCACCCCACACCCCUCGGCGGCUACAACCUCUCCGCUAAAUGUUUCGGGUACCUGACGAAGCAGCUGAUGGGCUUGGCUGGCGGCCGGAUCGUUCUGGCCCUGGAGGGGGGCCACGACCUCACGGCCAUCUGCGACGCCUCGGAAGCAUGUGUUUCUGCUUUGCUGGGCAACGAGCUUGAUCCUCUCCCAGAGAAGGUCUUACAGCAGAGACCCAACGCUAAUGCGGUCCGGUCCAUGGAGAAAGUCAUUGAAAUCCACAGCCAGUACUGGCGCUCCCUGCCACGCCUCUGCUCCACGGUGGGGCACUCACUGGUAGAGGCCCAGAAGUGUGAGAACGAGGAAGCCGAGACCGUCACCGCCAUGGCCUCGCUGUCCGUGGGCGUGAAGCCCGCCGAGAAGAGACCCGACGAGGAGCCCAUGGAGGAGGAGCCGCCGCUGUAGCCUCCCGCGCAGCUGCGGGCCUCUUGUUUGUUUGUCCCGUCUCGAAGCUCCGCCGACAAAGCUCCUGUUUGUGUGCGGCCUGCCCGCGUCCUCUGACCGCGGCUGGAGCGGCAGGGGGAGGCCUCCGCCCGCCCGGCCCGGCUCCCCGGCGGGCGGCCCUGCGCGGACCGGGACCCACUGGGAGCCGGGCUGUCGGCUCCCUCGACAGAGGCCGCGGAGGAAGGAAGCCUGUGGCGGCUCGCGGCAGAGCUGCCCGCUCCGUGGCCACGAGGGAAGGAAGACGCAAAUCAAAGAUCUAAUAAUACAAAACAGACUCGAUGAAAACUGGUGCUUACAGUUGAUUAUUACCCACAAUUCCACAGUCUCCGUGUAAACCACUCAACGCAUCCUGUAGCUUCUUUUGUUCAAGAGAACAUUCUCUCGGGCUCUGGCCCGUCCCGGAGCCCAGCGGUGCGCCGUGGGGCAUGCGGCGGGGCGUGCGGUGGAGUGGGGGGCCGGGGCGGCGCACGUGCGGGGGAAAGCUGGACGCACACCGAAACGCGAGCCUGCGGGAACUGGCUUUGGUUUCUCCAAGCCAUCGGAAGAUGCGAGUUUGUGCCUUUUUUUUAUUGCUCUGAUGGAUUUUUGUGGCUGGGUUUUCUGACGUCUGAGGAACAAUGCCUUAAGAAAAAAAUAAACAGCAGGAAUUGGUGGGACAGUUUCCUGUGGCUGCGUGCUGGCCCGGGGUGGGGGGCUCCGGGGGCCACCGGCCUGCAAGCCCGGGUUCACUUCAGUGCUGUUUAAGAGAAACGGAGGUAGUUCCAGCAAAGUGGCAAAUACUGUUGGGGGUUUUGAAGUCCAACAAAUUUUAAAUGAAUCCAAAGUGUUCUUUUCUCGUACAUCCUUUAACAAUUGAGCAUCUCCAUUUGGUUGUGAAGCAUGUCCUAGGCACACUUCCAGUGUUAUGAUCGGAAUGCUUUUUAUUAAAAGCAAGUAGCAUGAAGUAUUGCUUAAAUUUUAGGUAUAAAUAAAUAUAUAUAUGUAUAAUAUAUAUUCCAAUGUAUUCCAAGCUAAGAAACUUGAUUCUUAUGAAAUCUUGAUAAAAUAUUUAUAAUGCAUUUAUAGAAAGAGUAUAUAUAUAUAAUAAAUGCAGAUCGUAAAGGUCCCUGGCGAAUGAACGACUUGUGAAUUAGACAUCAAGGUGCUUACGGAAAGGGAUCUCGUUUGAAACUCACGUAUUUUUGAACUCCAGAUUGGAUAGCUUUCAGAUCGCCAACACGUUCGCCACUGGGCAGCUACCCGGCAGGUGUGUGCUUUCGUUCUGCUCUUUUCGGACAGGACCCCUCCCGCUCCAAGCCUCCGUGCACAUAUGUACCUAAUGAGUUUUUAUAGCAAAGAAUAUAAAUUUGCUGUUGAUUUUUGUAUGAAUUUUUCACGAAGAGAUCCUGAAUAAGCAUUGUUUUGUGAAUUUUACAUUUUUUCUCACCAUUUAGCAGUUUCCUGAAUGGUAACAAUGUCUAAACUUUCUUUCUUUCUAACUUCUUGCUUGUACAUUUUUUUUAACUUUUAAAGGUUGUGUUUUUUUUAUCAUUUUCAUCCUUGUUUAUUUCUGUACAGUGAGCAGUGUUGUGUGGCAGCCGUUUUCGGGAAGUGAGCUUGUGCGAGUUGGGGGACACGCGGUCUCCACGGCGAUGCCAGUAGGGCGUCUGUCCCGGCUCCAUCCCCACGGCUGCGUCCAGACCGGGGGCUCCUCUUCCCCCCACAUCGGCAGUAUUACAAGGGGUGCUGUGUCCUCCCCUCCGCCGUGCUGUGGGCAAGGUCGCUCGCCAGACACCACGGGCCGUCAGCACUCACGAAACUCCUGUUUCAACUUCUCUGACCGCGUUGUCAGGACAGCAUUUUUAAAAUUCAGUUUUCCAAAGACCUUUUAAAGCAUGUCAGCAAUGCAUGGGGCCCGAGUGAGGCCCACACCUGUUGGGGGUGUUCCCCGCUGCAGCCUCAUGGCUGGGGUCCUGACCGGAAGCAGCAGGCCCCGAGUUUUGGAGCCUGUGGCUGCGGGGAGUCGAGGGGCCCCUGCUGCCUGGCGAGCCUGCAGGGACAGCACGGAUUCCUGACCAGGGCAGCCAGUCCUCGCUCUUUCUCUCGUUGACAGUAACUGACCGUCACUUUUCACUGGUAACUUAUUUUCCAGCACUUGAAGCCACCAAUUUCAUUCCAAAGCAUGUACCGGGUUCAGGCACAGUGCUCCCAUAGGAGGGAACCCCGAGCCACGUCCCUGAGUUUGGUCCCGUUCACAGGGUAGCUUCUGAAGGAGACACUGAUGCAGCCGGACUUCCAGCCAGACGAAUCCAAAUUCUUGGAUUGGCUUGGUUGUCGAGAUGCUGGUGGUCCGGCCCAGGACGGCAGUCCCAGAGCAGGACAGAAAGGUCUCGGGGCCCAUGUGGCUUUCUCCUCCCGCUGACCCCACUUUGCUCGGAAGCCCACCUCGGCGGGAGGCGCCGGUGUGUGGGAGCCACGUCGGCCAUCGGGGCCAUCAGGGCGUGAGCGCGGCGGCAGGGCCCGGCCCCUGCACGGCCUGUGGGACCCCCUGCCGCCUGCCGGCCGUGGCUCUUAGAGAGGAAGAGGUCAUCUCACGCUUUUUACGGUUGACUGGGUGAGGGAGUUGUCCGCGGAGGGCUCACUCCCGGUCUCCUUCGGGGAGACACCCUCCGCCGAGAGGCCUGGCAGGGGAGCAUGCUGCGUUGGUCAGCUCACUCCAGCGCCAUAGAUGUGCUUAAAGCAUUACCGUGUAGCCUUUUCUUUUCUUUAAAGACACACUCAGCCCUUCCCCGCCACCCGCCGCCAGCGCGGGCGGCGGAGGGCCUGCCCCAGGGUCUGCGGGACCCCACGUCAGGGAGGGCGCCUCACCUCCCCUCUCUGGCCCCGGCACCUUUAGCCUUUUUCUUCCUUUGCAAAGGCCUCGGGGGCACUGGCCAGCCAGGGGUCAGCGAGCGAGCACUUUAUGUCCCUUCGCGGGAAACCCCACGGCGCCGCCGGGACACGGGGCGCCCGCCCUUUCGGCUCCAGCCGCGCCACGACGUGCCCGAGCCCCACCAGCAGGCGGCCGCCAGCCCCUCGGCCCCGAAGGGCCACUUUGUCAGAGUGUUUCAGUUUUUCUCCACUUCUUUUAAAAGUCUGUUUCCAGAGGAAGGACCGCCGGGCGUUGCUCGGACACGAACGCGGCGCCGGCGGCAGCGUUUCUGGGUUUUACUUUCGAUCAGAACAUUCCUUCUUUACUGGUCACAGCCAUGUGCUCAUUCCAUUCUUUUUGUAGACUUUUGGGCCCACGUGUUUUACGGGCAUUGAUACAUAUAUAAAUAUAUAUAUAAACAUAUAUGAAUAUAUUUUUUUAAGUUCCUACAGCUGGAGGUUGCAUGGACUCUAUGACCGGCAUGUCUUUAUAUUGUACACAGAUUUUGCACGCCAAACUCGGCAGCUUUGGGGAAGAAGAAAAAAAAUGCCUUUUUUGGUUCCCCUCUCACGACAUUUGCAGAUACAAAAGAUGGGAAUUUUUCUGUAAAACCACACGAAACCUUGAAGGCGAGUCGGGGGUGGGGGGGAACGUUUGCGUCUUCUUGAACUUAUUCUUAAGAAAUUGUACUUUUUAUUGUAAGAAAACUAAAAAGGACUACUUAACACAUUUGUCAUAUUAAGAAAAGUUUAUCUAGCACUUGUGACAUACCAAUAAUAGAGUUUAUUGUAUUUAUGUGGAAACAGUGUUGUAGGGAAACGACACAGAAGUCAAGGCGAACUGCCCGUCUCUCUUCAGUUGACUUGGAGGCAUUCGUUUCGUUUGUCCCCUCUGCUCUUGCACAGGGCCCGGCGGGCCAGCGGCCGGCGACCCCGACAGAGGAGCGGUCCGGCCCAUGGCCCGAAAGCGCCCCUUUCCGCACAGCUGUAUUGACUCUCUCGUUGCUUCUAGAUGACGCGUGGCUAAGAGUUCACUUGCAGCCGCGCAGCCGUGAGCCGGGGGGGAGCGCCGCGGCUCACAGUCCAACUUGGCGUCCAGAGGAGGUCGCGUCUCCCUUGUCACCAAAACGCGCUCCUUCCCCACACGGCUCGCGGCCAAGUCUGGCGGGAUUGAACGUCUCCAAGUGGAAGAAGAAGAAAGCGGACAGUUUCUGUUUGUUUGGGUUCUCGGUGUGUGUGCCCCAUAGUGGAGGCGCUAUUUUCCAGUUUAUGAGACGUAUAUAUAAUAUAUAUAAGGGGGGCUGACCCUGUUCACCCAAGAGCUUCUUACAGAUGGGUCGCGAUGCCGCGGCCCCCGUGGCACCUGAGCGCGCUCCACGUGGGGUCCGCCGCAGUGGUGGCCACCUGUUUUCUUCUGUAAUGUAAUCCGUUCUCUCUGAUCGUCUGGACCUUCCAACGGUUCUUUCUUUUGCUCAGUGGAGUUGGAGAUUUUGUUCUUGGUUUUCUCAUUCUUGUUUUGUUCUGUGUGGGCGGGUUUUCCCCGACGACGGUGUCCUCCUCUGACGGCCGACUCCAUUCCACUUGCCCCGGAGUCCAGCGUUUUGUACCUCAUCAGACAGCUUGUCGCUCUUGUGGUGUAAAUAAAACAGCAUCUCUGGUU